AUGAUCGCGAGAACUAGAGCCCAAGUUCUCCUUCCUAUCCUCCUCUUUUCAACUCUCCUCAUCAUCCCCUCCUUCGGAAUACCUAUUAGAAAGGUAGAAGAAUGCUUGAGCAAGUGUAAAGAGAGCUUCUUUUACCACCAGGACAGGCAACUGCUGGAAAAGUGCGAGCAAAUUUGCUUUGAUAAGUACGACGGAUCACAUGGAGAAGGAAUAGAGAAGAAGGAAGGGGAGCAACAGAGAGGAGAAGGCCAGAAUCGAUACUGCUAUGGUGAGGAGAACUUUGAGUACUGGAUGAAGAGCGAACUCGGCCAUUUCAAGGUUCUCGAGAGGUUCACCGAAAGAUUCAAACUGUUGCAAGGGAUUGGGAAUUUUCGGCUGGCAAUCUUGGAGGCAAACCCGCGUACUUUUGUACUGCCAAGCCAUAUGGACGCAGAGGAACUCUUCUAUGUAAUGGAAGGGAGAGGAGUUCUAAAUGUUCUUGAGAUUUCGGGUCGUAAUUCAUAUGAUAUAGAGCAAGGACAAAUUUUUUCGUUUGAUGCCGGAUCUCAGGCGUAUUUAAUCAACAAAGACGAUAACAAAAAGCUCCGCAUUGCGAUGCUGCUCCAUCCCGUCUCCUCUCCUGGUCGCUUCAAGGAAUUCUUCGAUGCAGGGGGCAGGGCUCCAGAGAGCUUCUACAGAAGCUUCAGCACCAAAGUUCUUGAGGCUGCCUUCAAUACCACAAAGGAUAGGCUAGAGAAACUUUUUGGGCAGCAGAGGGGAGAGACCAUAAAUGCAACUGAAGAGCAGAUCAAAGCACUGACGGAACCUCCCACUGCGCCUGGCGGCUGGUUUAUUGGGCCAUCGAAGCAAUGCCGGAGAUCAGGUGUCAGUCUGACGAGCAGACAAAAUCGUGUCUGGUAUUCCAAUGAACACGGGGAGCUCUACAAAAUCUAUGCUUGCGACUACAGCGAUCUUUGCGACCUGGGCGUAGAGAUAUCCUUUGCCAACAUCAGUCGUGGAUCAAUGAUGGCGCCUCAUUACAACUCUAUGGCCACCUUGGCGGCCUUAGUGGUAGAAGGUGAAGGCUAUUUUGAGAUGGCCUGUCCACACAUUGAACAAGGUGGUACACAUUAUCAGGCGGUGAGAUCACAAGUGUCCCCUGGCUCGGUGUUUAUGAUCCCUGCCGGUCACCCGGUGGUCGCCGUAGCCUCUAGGGAUGAGAACCUCCAGGUGUUGUUCUUGGGAAUGAAUGCUAAGCAUAAUCGGGUCCACUUCCUUGCAGGGGGGAACAACGUACUAAACCAUAUGGAGAGAGUAGCAAAGGAGUUAUCCUUCAAUGCGCCAGCAAGAGUGGUGGACGAGGUCUUCAAUGCACAGAAGAGAGCUGGGUUCUUGCCUGGCCCGGACGAAAUCCACAAGGAGGAAAGGGGCACCCGCCCUUGGACUGCAAUCUAA